UCAUCUCGGUGUUACCUUGUCUUCCUAGUCCGGAAUUGGUGUGGGGCGAGGAUACCUCUGUCGUUUGCUAUUUUGUUCUCGCAGGUUGGCAAGGGAGUGCGGUUCUUUGGAGCAGGGGCAAUUCUUUUGUUCUCAAAGCUUAGCAGGGCAGAAACAUCAAGUUCGGAUCUAGGAGCCUUCAAUGGUGAAUUUGGAGAAGCGGUGUAGCAAUUUGACGUUGGAGGGUGAUGAUGACAGACCGUUUUUUGAAGAAGUCAGCAGUGAGGUGGUGGAACAAGAAAUUCAGAAGGUGUUCCCAGUGGUUGGGACUCUAAUCACAGAGAAAGUGGUGAAAUUUCAGUUUUUAAGGAGGUUAUCGCAUCUGUAUGGUGACCUGGUAGGGGCGUUCUCAUUAGAGACAUUGGUGAACGCAGGAGUAGGGUUAUCAGGCGUUAUGUUACUAGGGAAUAACGAAGAAGGCACGAGAGAUCAAAACAGAAGGAGACCUUGAUGGGAGAGGAUCAGGCCGGGGAGGAGAUGGCACUCGACAAUCCAAAAAAUGGGAGGGAGGCGGGUCCGGGGCACCAGGCCCGCUGGGUAUGUGAGGCAUGCUUCUAUGACAAGUUGCAGCUUUGAUGUGUUUCGCGAAGGAUACUAUUUUUCCUUAUGUUAUUUGUUUUUUUUUAUUCAGACUCUGUCAUGCUAUUAUGCUAUUAUUUCUUUCUGUUUCUUUCAAGAAUUUGAAGAGUUGGGUGAGUGAUGAGGAUUUUUCCGGUCAUUGUCGGCUCAGUUGUGCUCAUUAUAGGAUCAGCGAGUUUUAUUGCUACUGUGAAGGCGAUAAACUUUAAGUCUGGUUCGAGGGCUAGUGAUCGGGAUGCAACUCUUUGCAUUCUCUUUCUUACUUGAACUCUAAUUUCUUGAUAAUAUAAGCCACAUUCUUCCAAAAAAA